ACAGCCAGUGAGAUCCGGAGUUGGGCCGUCCAUCAUCCUCAGAGAACCAAUAGUGAAGCUCAAUGAGAAAAUCUUUAUCACUUCUGUUGUAUCCAACGUGGAGCGAAAGAACAUUCGGAUUAAAAGAAAAGUAAAGUUCAGGAGGGGGAACAGGCAGUGGAAACGGUCAGAAGUGCGAGGUGGAAUUGGGAAUUAUUGGAUCGCGGGAGUUUUUUUUUUCGGAUCGUGCACGGGAUCAGGAUACAAUCUUCCAGUUUCCUUCCACCGCGCGCAGGACUGCUGGAGAGACUAAACAAGAGCCGCAAAGUUCACAACACUCGGACGGGUUUAUUACUGGAACGGUUUCGCAUGCGUGUGUUUUCAAAAGCAGUUUAUUAUUAUUGACUAAUUGUUCUGAAUUAAGUCUGAAUUCACUGUUAGAAAACUUUAUAUAAAAUCUGCAGAGAAACGAGAGGCUCAAAGCUUUUUUUUCCCCCAGAGAAAAAGUUAGUUUCUUUCAACGCGUUCAUAUGGAGUUCAUGGACAUGAUUUACAGUGUUUUUCCUUCUCGUAAUAAUGAAACGCACUGGAGGAAAACAUUACAAGAACUUUAGAAACACCGUUGACGAGUUAAACUACAUUUGAACAAGUGGAUCUCCAUUGCCAAAACAAAGAACGUAUCUCCCAUGCAUACCCCCUUUUCAACAUUUAAGGACAACUGCUAGCAACUUGCUUUUAGUUUUGGCUUCUAAACAAGUUUUCUUGUAUUGCCUUGUCGUGAUUCAACUUUGAUUUACUUUCGUGUGACAGCAAGGGAGAUACAGUUUUCAAGUCCAGGACUCAUGCAUUGUCCCCAAACAACGCAGUAUAAGUCGAUAAUACCUUUGUGUAAACACUCAACUUAAUGACGGCGAAUCACUCGCACUCUGAGAAACUGAAUAACCCCAAACUGUCCGUUUGUGGAUGAGACAGAUCAGUCGUUAAGCGCUGAGACAACUGGAUACAAAAUGGCGGCGUGGCUGGGACAGAUGGGAUCACUUUCAUAUUAUGUGUUUUAUUGGGUUUUGACGCUGGAACUGUUAAUCAAUAAUGGUUUGAGCUCGGAUGCACCGUGUCCUCAAAACUGUACGUGUACGCUAGAUACGACCGACUGCAGUCACUUGGACAUGACUGAUGUUCCUCAAGACUUGCCUAAGAGGACUGUACAUUUAAACCUGAGCCACAACAAGCUGGCGGCAGUCGAUACGGACAUCCUCUCCAAACUGCCCUACCUGAAAGAAGUGAGGCUUCACCACAAUGAGUUGACAUCCAUUCCUUCAUUUGGAGACAGCGCAGAAACAAUCGUUACACUCUUAUUGCACAAUAAUAAAAUCCAGAGGGUGGAGGGGAGCCUGUUGCAGAAUUUUUCUGCUCUGGAGACUCUAGAUCUGAGUAAUAAUGACAUCACAGAGCUGAGAGAGCACUGCUUCCCUUCAGGAUUACCAAUCAAAGACCUGUACCUGAACAAUAAUAAGAUUGUUCACCUGGAGUUUGGGGCUUUUAAGAAUUUUGCCAGGAGCCUGCAGGUCCUCAGACUGAGCCGGAACAGACUAACCCACCUUCCUGUUAAAGGCCUAGAGUUGCCCAAGCUCACACAACUGGAGCUGAGCAGGAACAGGUUACGGCUAAUCGAGGGACUCACCUUCCAGGGUCUGAGCAGUUUAGAGGUUCUCAAGCUCCAGAGAAACAACAUCAGCAAGCUGACUGAUGGAGCGUUCUGGGGUCUGGCCCGAAUGAGGGUCCUUAACCUGGAUUUUAAUAGACUGCAGGAGGUGAACAGCGGCUCUCUGUAUGGUCUGGAGUCGCUGUUGCAGCUCUACCUCUCCAACAACUCCAUCUCCAACUUCAACCCGGAAGGAUGGAGCUUCUGUGAGAGACUCCGAGAACUGAACCUGUCCUACAACAACCUGACGAAGCUGACCGAAGGAAGUUUUGCCAAGCUGGUGAAUCUGAUUUCUCUGCGUUUGGGACACAAUUCCAUCAGUCAGAUCACAGAGGGAGCCUUCAAAGGCCUUAGUUCCCUACGCACGCUGGAGCUGGACCAUAAUGACAUCUCUGGCACUAUAGAAGACACCAAUGGGGCCUUUACUGGGCUUGAAAACCUCAACAAGCUAACUCUGUAUGGAAACAAGAUCAAGUCGGUGGCCAAGAAAGCCUUCUCGGGCCUGGAGGCUCUCGAACACCUGAACUUGGGGGAAAAUGCCAUCCGCUCCAUCCAACCCGAGGCAUUCAGCAAGAUGAAGUCCCUGCGCUACCUUCAUAUUCAGAGUGAUAGUUUUCUGUGCGACUGUCAGCUUCACUGGUUUCCGGAGUGGCUUGUGACACGAGGGCUGAAGCCAGGCAUUCAGGCAACAUGUGCACACCCAGAGACAUUAAAAGGCACCAGCAUCUACCAGGCUCCAUCUCAGAGCUUUGUUUGUGAUGACCUUCCAAAACCACAGAUCACCGUCAACCCUGUGACCACAGCGGCAGUAUUAGGAAAAGAUGUGCGUCUCACCUGCACGGCUGCCAGCAGCAGUAGCUCGCCCAUGACCUUCACCUGGCGUAAGGACCAGGAGACCCUGCGCCAAGCUGAGGUGGAGAAUUUUGCCCAUGUUCGGGCCAGUGAUGGAGGGGUGAUGGAGUACACCACCAUCCUCCACCUCCGACACAUCACCUUCAACCAUGAGGGCCGCUACCAGUGCAUCAUCAGUAAUCACUUUGGCUCCUCCUACUCUAAUAAGGCCCGCAUCACUGUAAACGUGCUGCCUUCAUUCGUGAAGACCCCACGCGACAUCACAAUCCGCACCGGCACGAAGGCGCGGUUGGAGUGUGCUGCAGAAGGACAUCCGACCCCCCAGGUGGCAUGGCAGAAAGAUGGCGGUACAGAUUUUCCCGCUGCACGAGAGCGGCGCAUGCGUGUGAUGCCUGAUGAUGAUGUCUUCUUCAUCAUGGACGUGAAGCCAGAGGACAUGGGCGUGUACAGCUGCACGGCAAAAAACACGGCAGGCAUGAUCUCGGCUAACGUCUCUCUAACAGUGCUAGAGACCCCUCACUUGGCACAGGAAAUGGAGGAUCGGAGUGUGGUGGUGGGCGAGACUGUUGCACUUCAGUGCAAGGCUUUAGGCAGCCCGCCUCCUCGCAUCACCUGGCUAAAGGGGGAGGAGCCUCUUCGACCCAGUGACCGUCACCACUUCACCCCUGGGAACCAGCUCUUGGUGAUCGGUAGCACCACUAUAGAGGACGCAGGACGCUACACCUGUCUCAUGUCCAACACGCUUGGCACGGAACGCGCUCACUGCCAACUGAAUGUUUAUCAACGCUUUGAAGAGUGCACGCCCUUCUCAAGCCCAAGCACUGUUACUGUAGGAAUCAUUGUUAUUGCCGUGGUGACCAGUAUUGUGGUGACAUCACUGGUGUGGGUUUGUAUUAUUUACCAGACGAGGAAGAAGAGUGAGGAGUGCAGCGUAAACACAGAUGAGACAAUUGUCCCUCCUGAUGUCCCAAGUUACUUGUCCUCUCAGGGCACUUUAUCUGAGAGACAGGAUGUGUGUAUACGAGUGGAGUCCGAUGGUGGAUCUCAACCCAAUGGACGCAUAGAAAACAAUGGUUUCGAUGGUCCAGUUGUGUGCACGGACUGCUUGGAAAAUUCCAGCUGCUACUCUACACACUGCAACUACCUCCCUCAGGGUAUAGCACCCCCUUUAGGUCUGGAGUAUCAGCAGACACAUCAACCGUCAACCUUCACCAGCCAAACCAUUGGUGAAUCACACUGCAAUGGCACACCCAACGGGAUUAGGAUAGACAGCCAAUCUCCCAUCUUUCCCACCAACCAUGACAGGGUGAUGAUAUCACUCUCAUCACACAAGUACAAUGACCAAAAAGGAUUGUUGGUGAACAGAACAGGCACCCCUCCCUCACUUGAAGAGGACUACCAUUGGCCUGUAAAGCUCCCGCCUGGUGGGGACUGUGACAUUGGGUCCGAGCUUACACAGACUCUACUACCCAACGGGCACAUGUAUACGCUCAAUCCCACCCUGAGCGAGAAUACAUCCUUAAGGCGGCCCAGUGAAUAACACCAAACCAACCCUCUUUUUUUAACUAUCCUUUUUGCACUGAGAACUGCUACCUCACACUGAGGGGCACAGCCAAAGCUGGCCCCAUCUCUCUGAAUGCAGAAUAGGGGCGUCCGGAGUUUGAAGGGCGAAGCUUGUGUGGGAUGAUAGUGUCCCAUCUGAGCGUUAAAGCUGUAUAUAGAUAUAAAUCCUCCUGAGGGAGGCCUGAUUCACACUUCAGAAAUGUGACUUGCAUUUAACGCAUGCAAAUGUAUGACAGAGUGCUAUAGCGUUGGGCUUUGAGCUGUAAAUAAGAGUUUUCAUAUAUAAAUAUAUAUGAACGUAUGUAUUUGAUAACUUUUACAAAAGAGUGUUUAACUCUAUUCGUUGCAUGGUCAGAUCAGAGUGGUUAUAUUUUAUUUUACUUUUUCGCUUUAUCUUUUUUUUUUUAGCAGAUCUCUCCUGCUUUUCACAAUUCAAAUAAGCAGUGCCUUAUUACAAGAUCGUACAUUUUCCCUUUUCAGAAAUGAAAUGUUGGUCACGCACUUGAAGUUUAGAUUAAUUCAAUAAUCAUAACUCACAACCUUAAAGGAAUAUUCCAGGUUAAAUAUCCGUGGCAUGCUGUCAUGUACAAAAUGCAUUGUUAGUGUAAGUCUGUAGGGCAACUGUUGUAUGCUUUCCUACUGUCUUUCAUUGCAAGUGACUUGUCAAUGCAUUUGUUUCUUCUUUUUUCGUAUUCGUCACACUAACGUACAAAACCUGGAAUAUUCCUUUAAAUCAGAAUGAAUUGUUUCUCAUAAGUGAAGAAAGAGCUUUGCUUUGAAUUGUUCAGGUUUGUUACGGUACAAACAGACAGGAAAAUAUUGGAGGCAAAAUAUUAGCACUUUGACAUAAAUCCUAGAAGACUCAUUUGAACUGGCCUAAAUAUUUUCCAGUAUGUACACCCUACAAUUCUCAGCAAAUUCAAGACUUUUCCUUCAACAAAGUUAAACAUAAUAAAAAGCUGCUUCACUCAACUACGGUACCUGUGGUAUGUUUUAACUUUUAAAAUGUAUUUGUUGACCGUCUUUUGUAGCACAUUUAGGGAAAUAACAAAUCGACGUGUAUCCAUUUCAAAAUGAUAUAGAGAGAUUUGUUCUAACAAUGACUUUAAGCUAACAGCAAAGCUGAAUUUUGUCAAACCACAAAAGGGAAAAAGCAACUCUCUAGAAAACUUGUUUGAUGGGAGGGCACUUCCAGUCAAGUGUACUGGAUUUCAGGGGCCUUCCUUCAACUGCACAGAAUGUCUUCAUGAUGUCUUCAAAGGGAAUAAGCAGAAUCUCUUCUUCAGUAAACACCUCACCAGAUAACCUUUCAUUGUAUUUGGUGCAGACUUCAGUAGCUAAUUCUAUGCUACAUAUAGUCCUUUUUAGUUAGCCUGAAACAAAUAACAGUUUAAUGUCUACAGCCAAGGUUUGUUUUUCCAAGGCCAAAUAGUGAAAAUCUACUACUAAACUAGGAGAAUGUUUUGUAAAGGUGGAUUACUGUGAAUCCCAGCAUAACCCCAAAUCAUGGCUACUAAAAUCUUGGUUCCAGGCUACUAUACUAAAUUGACAUCUAAAUCUGGAAACGGUCAUCAGAAUUGAUGUCGGCCAAAGCAGAAGCUUUAACUGAUUGUGGUUAGCUGGUUAGCUAAUUGUGUAACCCAGCUCUGUGAAGAACCCCACUAUCUUAAAAUAGGUUAUCUUUACAGAUGUGUGGGUCACCAUCUUUCAAACCAGAUUAAUUUAUUGAAAUGAACUUUACUUACAGCUGUAUACCUACAUUGCUAAAACUGUUGAAGUGUCAAAAAUGG